AAGCUAGUUUCCGGCCACCUCAGCGGGAAGCGCAGACGCGAGCAGCUGGCUCUUGGGGAACUAAGAGGUGUGACUGUUGUCGCGGCAGAGGAAGUCAGGAGGACGUCUUCGGCCAUCCCGGCCAGUGUUGGGUCCCUGUAGCCUGUGAAGAUGGUGUUGCUUACGAUGAUCGCCCGUGUGGCGGACGGGCUCCCGCUGGCCGCCUCGAUGCAGGAGGACGAACAGUCUGGCCGGGAUCUUCAACAGUACCAGAGUCAGGCUAAGCAACUCUUUCGCAAGUUGAAUGAACAGUCCCCUACUAGAUGUACUUUGGAAGCUGGUGCCAUGACUUUCCACUACAUUAUUGAGCAGGGAGUUUGUUACUUGGUUUUGUGUGAAGCUGCCUUCCCUAAGAAACUGGCUUUUGCCUACCUAGAAGAUUUGCACUCAGAGUUUGAUGAACAGCAUGGGAAGAAGGUGCCCACUGUGUCUAGGCCCUAUUCCUUUAUUGAGUUUGACACCUACAUUCAGAAAACCAAGAAGCUCUACAUUGACAGCCGUGCUCGGAGAAACCUAGGCUCCAUCAACACUGAAUUGCAAGAUGUGCAGAGGAUCAUGGUGGCCAAUAUCGAAGAAGUGUUACAACGGGGAGAAGCACUCUCAGCAUUGGAUUCAAAGGCUAACAAUCUGUCCAGUCUGUCCAAGAAAUACCGCCAGGACGCGAAGUACUUGAACAUGCGUUCCACUUACGCCAAACUUGCAGCGGUUGCUGUGUUUUUCAUCAUGUUAAUAGUGUAUGUGCGAUUCUGGUGGCUGUGAAGUAGUGAAUCCAGUCACUGGCAAGGGUGAACCUAGAGCUCGGCAGGUGUAUGUUUUCAGGAAACUGAGCUCACAGAGAUGUGUAUUAGAGUUCCAAGUGGAACUUCUGCUUCUAAAGACCUUGCAAGGAAAGACAUAUCCUGAAAAUGAAAUGUUACACCUCAUUUGAUGAAGCUUACGCCUUUGUAGAAAGUCUCUUUUGGGGGCAGAGGCUUUCUCUGGGUGCUGAGCUGUAUACGUUAGGGAACAGUAGAUUGUUUUAUUUUGUUUUUUCCCUCCCAGUGUUUUUACAUUUUUAAAACAGCACUGAGUGGGGCAUUUCCUUUCUCUAAUGGAGCCAUCAGUGAGAUCUGGCUUAGCCAACCUGUGCUAGCAACAGUCUGAAAUUGCUUCAGAGAAGGCAGCCCGUUGGGAAGUUUUUUCACUCUAGUCAACAUUCCUUUUGUUGGUGACAUUUGUGCUUUUCAGUUUUUGAUGGCCUUGUAAACAAGACUCCACUAUGUGAAGGUUAAUUGCUGUGCUGUAAAGAUGUUGUCUGUUGGCCCCUGUAGGAAGUUGACCUUUGUUGUUUUCAUUUUAUGAUAUUUUGCUUAUUGCACAACUGCUUUAGGGUUAAAUGAAUUAUAUUAAGAUGCCUUGAAAUUAUAUUAUAGCACUCCUUGAUUAAGAAGCUAAAGUGUUUUCUGUCAUUUUCUCCUUAAAAGACUUAAAUUUAGUUUGGGACAUUCUUAAUUUUAUCUUUCAGCAUCCAGUUUGUAUUAAUAGAAGAGUAAGUAUAGCAUACAGAUAGCCAGAGUCCCCUGACUUAAUGGGAAGAAAGGCCCAGCCCAUCACUACAGCUUUGUCCUGCCCCUUCUUACUUUCUCCACUGUAGUUUUGCCCACUCUCUUUUCCUCCUGCUGAAAUUGUAAAACUUCUCUGCACCCAGUAGUUUCAUGUCCAUAAGCAUCCUCUCAGGAUAUUCUUGAAUUUCAAAAUGGAAAAUGUUUAGCUGUGUAGUUAGAUUUAAAUUUUUACAGAGCAACUACUCAAACUACUAAAUACAUUUAUCUGAAUAAGUCUCUGAGAACACCUUGUACCUGCUUCAGUUUAUGUAAAUUCUCUGAGAAUGUUCUAGAGUUAGAUAACUCAUUUAAGUGGCUUCUAUUAACAAAUAAAAGUACCUGUGAUUUUUCCCUUUUUUGCUCAGGGAUGAUGGGGAUUUCCUUUUACCUUCUGAGGUAGAAUUUUUUAAAUGGGGAGACUAGACCUCUUAAAUAUUAUCACAAGGAACUACAAUAUAAACUAGAAUUUACACAUACUGCAAAUAUUUCUUUAAGUCCUAUAGGAAAAUGAGCCAGCUUCUUACUUCUUAACGUCUUUGGAGAGAACUUUAACUAGUAAACAAUUUUAUAACUAAGGGAUCAUCAAAGGUACUGUCCUGAUUCCUGAUAGAGAAAAAAAAUCCUAUUUCCUAAUAACAAAGCAAGGAGAAGUGGCUUAUUUUGUUCCUGAUAAAUUACAGAACUAGAAUAAAUUUUUUUUCUUUCCAUUUUGGACCUAAGUCUGCCAAUUGGAGUAUGUGCAUGAAAUAUGAAGUUACUUUUUAUAGAGAAUAAGUGCUUUUAAGUCCCUAAAAGGCUUGUCCCUAGAGUAAUGAUAUUGGUAAUAAAAGCCUGAAAGUCUGAAAACCUUAGUGGUACCAUAACAUUUGGUUCUUCUAUAGGAGUGGAGAGUGGCAGCUCGUUGUUGAGAGUUGCAUGCAGCAACCAAGUGGCCAGCAAUGAAAUAAAUACUUCUAGAAUGUUCCCUUCAGUGUGAAGUUUUAUUAUCUAGUUAUCUUAUGUGCACAUAGUUUUCUGGGUACAUUUCUACCAAACUCAUUGGGUUAAUUAAAAAAUGAGAACGGGGGCAGAAUGAUGAAGAAAGGAAUGAGAAAGUGGUUUAAUGUUACGACGGUAGAAAAAUGAGAGAACAAGACUGUUGUGAUGUGGCUCCCACUUCCGCUCUUCAUUGGAGGUAGUGGGAGGAUCCGAGCAGAUGAAAAGUAUCCGCAGCCAACCAGGCAUCUAAAAUAGAAUGUGAUAAAUACUGUCUAAUGUUAUUGGGGGCACAUUAAGAAAGGACACCUAAUUUACUUUGGGAAGGAAUGUGGUAAGAGAAGGGGUUUGUUUUUUGAAAAUCAUUUUGCUUAACUUUAAGUGAAUCAGAUGUAGAAAAAUGUUGAAUUAACAUUGAGAUCAAGUGAAAACGUAAAGGACCAAAUAAACUAAGAUGAAUAAAAAACAAGGAUGAAAAAGAGCAAACAAGAACUCAAGAGCCAAAAAUAUUAAAAAGGUACAAAGGGAGAAAUGACAGAGAAGUAAAUUUUUUAAGGAGAGUAAUAAAAUGGAAAAUGUUUAGCUGUGUAGUUAGAUUUAAAUUUUUACAGAGCAACUACUCAAACUACUAAAUACAUUUAUCUGAAUUUAAUCACUCAGUUCUAGUUAAGUUUAUUUCAAGUGCUGAACCUGAAUCCAUAUUUUAGAUUAGAUUUUAUUUUUUUUUUCCUUUUUUUCUAUGUCCUUUUGCCUUUUUCUCUGCCUCCCCAUUGUUUCCCCUCACUUCUUUAUCCUUUUCCAUUUUAGUUCAUUUCCCUAGGUGCUGUUUUUGCUCAGGAGUUAAUGUAAGACUACGACUUUACUUCUGUAAUCGAGAACUUCAGAAUCAACUUAUAUUCACUCUGUUUUUAGAUCUUAGUUUAUUUUACCUUUUAGUGAUUUUAUAAUACACAGUAUUGUCUUACCAGUUAAUACAGCUAUGCCUCUGCUUUGAGAUACCCCUUUAUAAAAAACCUCAAACAUUUCAAGAAUUCAAGAACAAGCUCCUCUAGUUUGUCUCCUGUAUUUAGGGCUUCAACUAUCAUUGUAUUACUGGUAACUCCAAAAAUACCUGUCUGUCCUCAAACUUGAGGUCCAGGCCCCAACUUUUUUGCUGCUUAUUGGGUAUCUGUAUUUGAAUAGCCCAUAAAUUCUUCAGUGCAUUUGAAUAGCCCAUAAAUUCUUCAGUGCAUCUAAAACAUUACUUCCAUUACUCUCAAAGUAAAACCUGACCUCUGCUUCCUACUGUAGUUCUAAUUUUUAGACCUCACCUGCCACCCCUACAAGUCAUGAAUCGCAUUUGUCUCUUCUGUUUUCUCCUUUCACCUCUCCACUGUUAACCAAAAUCUAGUUCUCAUAACCGCCGAAAUAUUUCUCAUCUAUGACUUUCUUUCCUUUUGGCCUUAGAUUCAAACUCUCAUUAGCUUUAAUUGGGCUCUUGCAGUGGACUCCUUACUACUUAAUACACGUCCCUCUUUAACUCAGUACUACCAUGUUAAUACCAGAAAUUUUCUUAAAGAGCUCAUCGUACCCCCAUUUCCUUUGGUAAUACCACCAGUUUACUUUCAUAGUCUGGCCCCACUGUAUCAUUCCAGACUCUCUUGCCAUUCCCCAUCACCUCUUGUUUCAGUCCCAGUGAAUUUAUCUAGCCUUCUCUAAACAGUCAAGCACUUUAUCUUUGCCCCGGCUCAUUCAUGCCUUCUCCCCAGACUUUGUGUGUGUGUGUGUGUGUGUGUACCUUACCUAUCCUUUUCACUUUCAGUCUACUAAAGUUCUGCUCAUCUUUCAAAGACCCAGCUCUGUAGUCUCCUUUGUAGAUCCUUCCUAACAUUUUCACAUCCUCCCUCCCACCAACCUGGGAGAAGCUAUGGAUUCAUCCUCUCAGAGCAACUUGUUCAUAUUUCUAGUGUAGAACCUACAAACUUAAAAUACAGUGUGCUCUUGUCUCCGCUGUAUACUUCGUGAGGUCCCUGAGGGAGAUACCAGUUGUUGUUCAUGUGUAUUUAAAUCCUUGGCACUUGAUGCAACGGCAGACAUGGAGGUACUAGGCAAAUAUUUGCAGAAUGACUAACUGACCUAAAAAAUUUAUGCACAAGUUUUCUGGAAAUGGGCUGCUCUGUUAAGUCACGGAUAUACACAUAUUUUGAAUGAAAGGAGAAAGCCAAAGUAGGAUAAAGUAGUGUCGGCUUAAUAAGGGAUGGAAAGAGGAGCUCCUGGGUGGCUCAGUCAGUUAGGUCAUGAUCUCAGUGUUGUGAUAUCAAGCCCCGCAACGAGCCCCGCAUCUUACUCGGCGAUAGGUGUGGAGCCCGCUUGAGAUUCUCUCCCUCUCCGUCUGCCCCGCCCCCCCCCCCCCCAAAUAAGGGAUGGGAAGGGGAAAAGGCAAAUGAAAAAGAAAGGAGCAACAGGAAGAUUCUAGCAAUAUAUGGUGAACACAUUGGAGAAAAGGAGGAGAGAUAAUUCGGCAAAUGAAAUUGAUUCUUUAGGGCAGAAACAAUUGGAAGGUAAGGUGAAGAGGGAGAAGAAAUGAAGAUGUGGAGACAAAUUUGACUUGAAGAGAAAGUACAAAAGUCAAAUAGACUGGCAGAUCUCAGUCUGGAAAUGUUUUCAGUUGGCCACAGGCAUCAUGCUUGUAUGUUGUGUGAAUAUUAUUAAGUGAGCUUUUUCAUGUCACUUAACCCCUUGCCAAAUUGUCAUCUGAAAAAGUGACUCCAAGAUAAAUACCUUGACCACCAUGCCAUAUAAAGUAAGACGUAUUUUACCACGCUAGAGUUAAGAAACUGGUUUGGGGCGCCUGGGUCACUCGGUCAGUUAAGUGUCCAACUCUUGAUUUCAGCUCAGGUUAUGAUCUUGGUCGUGAGACUGAGCCCCGUGUGGGCCUCUGCGCUCAGUGCGAAGCCUGCGAUUCUCUCCCUCUGCCCCUCCCCCCACUUGCGUGUGCUCUCUAAAUAAAUAAAUAAAUAAAUAAAUAAAUAAAAUCUUAAAAAUAACCUUAAAAAAAGAAACUGGUUUAAGGCUUAGUUGUGACCAACUGAUUGCAGUUUGCGAACUUCUCCUAGUGAUUCCCUUGCAAGUAGUGUGGGUAGGCAGUGAGGUUUGUUGGGCUGGGCAUGCAGAGGCAGAUAGUAAGACCUAUAAAAGUAAGGACUGAAGAGCAUAUUUAUUUGUAUGCCUUUUGUUUGGCCAUUUACAUUAAUAUGGAAAGCAUGUUAUUUGCACACUUAGAACUUUAGAAUAAAAGUACUUUGACUCUGAA